AUGGCGGAACCCACUGGCCUCAUCGCCAAAUCUGGCAUUGAGCUCCUUACCUUUGGAACCCCCAAUGGCCACAAGAUCUCUAUCCUCCUCGAGGAGCUUAAAGAAGCUUACGGCAAGGAGUACACGGUGCAGUCCGUCAACAUCGGGAAGAACACCCAAAAGGAGCCUUGGUACACGGCACUGAAUCCCAACGGCCGCAUCCCGACCAUCAUCGACCACGACCGGGGCGGCUUCGCCGUCUUCGAAGGGCUCGCCAUCCUAACCUACCUCGCCCGCCACUACGACCCUGAGCACAAGUUCAGCUUCCCCGUCGACUCAGACGAUUAUUCGGUCGCCGAGCAAUGGAUGUCGUGGCAGCAUGGUGGGUUGGGCCCUAUGCAAGGGCAAGCAUUCCAUUUCCUCACUGCCUCUGAAAAGAUCCCCUACGGAAUCAAGCGCUACGUCGGCGAGACGGAGCGGCUGUACGGCAUUCUGAACGCCCGCCUGGCCGACCGCGACUAUGUCGCUGGCCCGGGUAGGGGGAAAUACAGCAUUGCCGACUUGAGUCUGAUCGGAUGGGUCAACGUCAGCGAGAUCAUUGGGAUUGACCUGGCGGGCCAAUUCCCCAACGUCAAGGCGUGGCUCGAGAGGUUGCUCGCGCGGCCGGCGGUACAGAGGGGGCUGACAGUUCCCGGCGGCGAGCCAGGCAGGUGGUCGCAUGUGAACGUUGAGCGCGCCCUGAAAGGGGAAGCGGGCACCGAGGAUCUGCUGAAGAUGUAUGAGCAGAACAAGAAAUUGGUGGCUGACGCGAAGGAGAAGUAUGGGUAUAAGUAUGCCGGAAGCCCGAACUCGAUCCCAGCAGCCACCAUGAAGCGCAAACUGGACAGCAACGAUGAGCCCACGGGCGUCCCGCCAGAAAACGAAACCAAGCCUAGCCAACCGGAGAAGCAACCAGCAGAAGCUGAACCCUCCUUCGCCGAGCUCGGUCUCGACCCACGCCUGGUGCAGGCUGUCGCAAAGCAGAGCUUCGAGAAGCCGACCCUCGUACAGCGCAAGGCCAUUCCGCUAGCCCUUCAAGGACAGGAUGUGCUUUGCAAAGCCAAGACCGGUUCCGGAAAGACGGCUGCUUACGUCCUGCCUCUGCUGUCUGGCAUCUUGAAGCGCAAGAGCACCGACUCUGCCCCCUUCACUGCCGGCCUGAUCCUUGUGCCGACCCGCGAGCUCGCCGACCAAGUCUUCAAAGCCAUCGAGCAGUUCUCGGCCUUCUGCACCAAGGACAUCCACGCCGCGAAGCUGACCGAGAACGUGUCCGACGCCGUACAACGCUCCCUACUCGCCAACACUCCGGAUAUUGUCGUGUCAACGCCCGCCCGCGCAUGGCACAGCGUCAACUCGUCGGCGCUCUCGCUCAGCAAGCUGCAGUACCUGGUACUCGACGAGGCCGACUUGGUGUUGUCGUAUGGCUACGACGAGGAUAUGGAGAAUAUUUCGCGAUCGCUGCCCAAGGGCGUGCAGACCAUCAUGAUGAGUGCGACGCUGUCGGCCGAGCUGGAUACGCUGAAGGGGAUAUUCUGCCGGAAUCCGACGCUGCUGGAUCUGAAAGAGGAGUUUGGGGCGGAGGAUGAGAAGCUCACGCAAUUCUACGUCAAAUGCGGCGAGGAUGACAAGUGGUUGAUCUCAUACCUCAUAUUCAAGCUACAGCUGAUCAAGGGCCCUUGUCUGAUAUUCGUUGCUGACAUUGAUCGAUCCUAUCGGUUAAAGCUCUAUUUUGAACAAUUCGGCAUCAGGAGCUGCGUCUUGAACUCGGAGCUCCCCAUCAAUACGCGGAUCAAGAUUAUCGAGGAAUUCAACCGGGGCAUCUACGACAUCAUCAUCGCGUCAGACGAGAAGAGCGAAUUAUUCGGAGAUGAAGCUGCUGGUGACGAAGCGGGAAAGAAGGAGUCCAAGGAGUCCAAGAAGGAAGGGGAAGAGAGCGCCGAGAAGCCAAAGAAGAAACGGAAACACAAAAAGGACGAGGAAUACGGAGUAUCACGAGGAAUUGACUUCAAGAACGUCGCCGCGGUUGUCAACUUCGACAUGCCUACAUCCGCCAAAUCAUAUACCCACAGGAUCGGCCGAACUGCCAGGGCUGGGCGCGCAGGCAUUGCCCUUUCCUUCGUUAUUGCCAAGGAACUGUAUGGCAAACACAAACCAACAUCCAUAAAGAGCUGCGAAAACGAUGAAAAGGUGCUCGCCAAGAUUAUGAGGCAACAGGCGAAGAUAAACAGGAAGCUUGAGCCAUAUAACUUCAACAAGUCGCAGAUGGAGGCCUUUAGAUACCGCAUGAACGACGCACUUCGCGCCGUCACCAAGGUGGCUAUCCGAGAGGCGAGGACAAGAGAGCUGAGACAGGAGCUGCUGAGGAGCGAGACAUUAAAGCGAUAUUUCGAGGAGAAUCCCACAGAACUCGCCCACCUGAGGCACGAUGGGGAGCUCGGGCGAACAACAAGACAGCUACCUCACCUGAAACAUGUGCCGGAUUACCUGCUGCCAACAGAAGGGAAGAAGGCGUUGGCGUCGCAGCAAGUUGGCUUUGUGCCAUUCAAGAAGGAAGGGGGCAAGGAUAGGAGACACAGGAAAGGCAAGGCAAAGGGCCGGUCGUUUAAGGUUGGGGGGAAAAAGGACCCGCUCAAAACAUUCAAGGUCCGGCGGAAGGCUAAGUGA